AUGUCAUCCGAGCAGCCACGUCGCCGGUUCGAUCCGACUCCUGUCGAGACAUCCUCCAAGUCAAACCGUCAGACAGCACAAACUGGAGAGAACGCCGCUCCGCGAAAGUUCAAUGUCCAGCCGGCCGAGACCACAACACGAAGCAGCAAGGAUAGCAACACAAAUGGCCGAGGUGUCAAUCAGUCCCCACCGAGGCGUUUUAGUCCAACACCCGUCGAGACUAGCACAAAGAGCUCAAGAGAUACACAACAGCCACAACAGCCUGCUAGAAGAUUCGCACCAGAACCAGUCGAGACCAGUGUGAAGAGCAGCAAAGACAAAGAUCAAGCGCCAUCACAACCCGCUAGGAAAUUCGCUCCAGAGCCUGUCGAGACAAGCACCAAGACGAAUCGACAGUCGGAUCCACCAGCAGACAAGCCCAAGUCACGCCUUCUACCACAACCAAUUGAGAUGACAUCAAACAGCAACCGUGCAAAGUCAAAGUCGCCUCAAUCCAAGUCUCCUGCAACAAAAUCUCCUGCAUCGAAAUCCCCUCAAACAAAAUCUCCGCCGAACGAAGAAGCAGUGUCUCCUUCGUCGCAGCCUCAAGAUGCUCCCGCCGAGAAGCCAAAACGUAGAUUUGCUCCACAGCUCAUUGACACAUCGAGCCGCUCUCGAAAGAACUCAGACGAGAAACCUUCAUGGUCUGCAAACCAUAGAACUGACAUCACACCCGGAGAGGAGAGCAGAGUUGCAUACAACAACAUAGGUCAGCAAAUUACUAUUGCCAACCGCGAAAACACAACUUCACCUACCGAAUACCCACGAUUCGUCAUGCCCUUCGCUCGCCGAAAAGAACGAUCCGAUUCCGCUCGCAGUCACUCGUUCCGUAUGCCCGAACUCGAGACCAUCGAAAGCUCCGAGAGUGAACCCAGUGCGCCACCAAGUCUAUCUACCAGCCCUUCAUCCAACGACUUCUCGCUUGGAGCAGCCAUGGAACCAAUAAAUCCUGCAUACAAGCAUGCUACGAGGAUUCGAGAGAGUGUUGAUGAAACCUUCAGCCGCUAUCUCCUCGAACUCGAGGGGAGAAAGGCUCAGGCGAAGCUCCAAGAACAAGCGCUGGCAGCCUUCCCCAACUCUGACAUUCACGAGCCUGUAGCACAUUUCAUGGAUGGCGAGAGUGAAGAUGAGGAAAUGGACGACCGGCCCGCGACAUGGGAGGGUCACGAUGACGACGAUUUCAUGAUGAACGUCCGUACACCACAUGGUCGUGGCUCAACGCACGGAACUUAUGAGGUUCGUGAGAUGCACCAACACUUUGAAGAGAUGGAGCAAGAACGCAAGGCUGCUGGUACAACAAGGAGAAAGUCUUCUGUCAAGCCUUCACCAUGGUGGAACCCUGCUGGUCACGACUUUGCUGGCUCCAAUUAUCCUGAUAGCGAGGCACGAGCAAUGCGAGACAGAGCACGCCCACCUAUGCUUGGUAAUGAUCUGACAUUCCCUCGCUCGGCCUCUCCCGAACCUGCACGUUUCGACGUAACACAGGGAUCAAAUCAAUUGCGUAGUCAGAUGUGUUACUUGACUGAGCAGUCUCAGACAGAAGUCUCACCAGAAGGACUUUGGGGUGGUAAGAAGACAUCGAGAGAUCCAUCUGAACAUCAGAAGACAGUACAAAAAAGCCAGCACACCAUAUACAGUCAGAAGAGUACGACUUCGCAGAGUGGUGGUGGACUUUGGGGAGGCUUCUGUGUUGACGAUCGCAAGUCUGGCGAAAAUGGCCUUGCUCCUCCAACAUCUGGCACCCAAACUGGUCUUAUGACACCUGCUGUUGAGCCGCCGAAUCCGUUCGAGUCUGGUUUCAGCCUGCCUCCAUCAACCAUACUCCCCAAAACGCCUCAGACGCCUCCAGAUAAUGUUGACUUUGCUAAAAUCGACAUCAUCCUAAGCGAAGAUCAAGAUCUGGACGAGGUCAUGGAGCGCGAAUUCCCUGACUCAUUUGUCACGCAAGUUUACAACUAUCUCUCUCUGGGCUAUCCAACUAUUGCUCGAGCUUACGAUGAGGAAUUGUGCAAGAUUAGCCACAUGCCCAUUUCUGAUCUUCGACAUGACGAUGAGAUUGCUAAGAAGAUGCCUCGUGGGUACAUCCGUUUGGGCGAGGACUUCGAAGGCAGAGGCGACGGUUCAGAUCAGUUGCUUGAGGAGGGCGGCUGUGCCAGAUGGACAGCGCUCAAGAGAUACAUUCGCGAAUGGGCACGCCAGGAAAAGAAUAUGGUCAAGACUGGCUCAACGGGCAUAGGUCUUGGUGGCAACUGGGGCACUGGAGCUAGAAGGGGUAGUUGGGCGUUCUAG